CGAGAAGGUUCGGUGCUUGUAGGGGAGGAAUCCACUACAGGUGCUCCUUUUCCCUAAUGCUUUAUCCAAUUCCAAUCCCAAGUGUGAAUUGCACAACUAAAAACCCAUUUCCAUUUCUGUUCAAAAUAGCCCUUGACAAACUUUUUAAGAACAAUGGAGGGAUCCUAAACAGGCCAGCGGUGAAGAGGAUAAAGGUAAAAAAGUAAAAGGUAAAUAUGGUAAGCAACUUUUCUGGAGGGAAAGUUGUGAACACUGGGGAUGAUCUGCCAUGGUGUGUUGUACCGAUACUGAGCAAGACCAACCACCCGAGACCUGGCACUCAAGCAGUUAAAAUGUAGACCAGUGUCGAAGAGAAUACAGUAAAAUAUAGAAUCCACAACAUACAUAAUUAUGAAUUACAGUAAAUAUUAGCGUUAAAAACAAAAACAAAAUGACAAACAUUUAAACAAAUCUUGUUUCCAGAUUAUAUUGUGUAUAAAAAGAUGAUGAAAAGAGGUGCUCAACGAACACCUAAUAUUUUGUUGAAACGUUGUAAUUAUAUAAAUUUAUUUUCUUAAAUUAUCGCAAGAUAAAUAAUUUGUAUCCUUAUUUAUCAUUAUUUGGGAGAAUAACAGUAUGUAACCUGUAAUUACCUCAGGUUUGGUAGCCAGCCGCUGUGUCUGUAGUGUUCAAACAAGGGAGUGACUCUGUUGAGGGAAUAAUUUAGUGUACGGUACUGUACUGUAUUUGUGGAAUGGGUGUUGACACUGAACUAAAUGUUGCCCAUUUCCGGGUCGUGUUGGAGGGUGAGACACACUCAUUGAGAAAUUACUGCUUCAAGUGGAAGAAAAACUUGAAAGCAAAUUCAGAUGUUCCUGAGGAUAUUGAAGGCGAUAUUAUGGUUGCUAUUGGUCAGGCUGAACUCCUCAUAAAAGAACGGUUCAAUCAGUUUAAUGGUCUGAUUGAUGACUGUGAAUUUAAACGAGGGGAAAAGGAAACAACAUGCUUGGAUCUUCAGGGAUUUUGGGAUAUUGUAUAUCUUCAGGUAGAAAAAGUCAUCAAGAAGUUCAAUAGCCUGGAAAAACUUAAGAACAACGGAUGGAAAGAAGUGCAACAUUCACCACCACCUGUGAUACAUAAAAAAAAACUUCUCAGCACACCAAAUAAACCUUGUGUAACGAAGCCCAGGAAGGGCAACAGUGACUUGAGAGCUCACAUACUGGCAGCACGCAAGAAAAUGCAAGCCAAGAGUGAGAAUGCAGAAAAGGAUUCCAAGACUCUUUUCAAGGAAUCAGAUCAAAAUAAGUAUUCCAUUGCAAUUGAAAACUGCCAGUUGAGGGGAGCUACUGAUAUUAAACCACGCAAAACUGCUGUGACUCUAAAGAAGACAUCACUAAGUGGUCAAGACAAGAAGAGGACAGAGAAAGCAGAAACUUCUGUAUUUGAUGCUGGUUUUUUUAAAAUUGAGACUCCAACCAAGAAGAAUGUUUCCGAGAAACAUUUCACUCCAGGAAAAGUCGAUCAGAAAGUGUUGGCAUCAACCGUUCUGAAGGAGCGAGUACGUGGCUCUUCUGUCAUCCAUAAAGACUAUUCACCCUGCAUGAGAGUCACCAGGUCAAUGAAGGCGAAGAAUAUACGCUCCAAAAAAUUGAACCUCUAAGUGUUCACCACCAUUCAUUUUUAGUGUGAAUGACAAUUUUUUGCAGUUAGACUUUUUGAAUAAAGGAUAUUUUUAUCAAAUGGUACUGUGUGUGGCAUCUCCAAAAAAAGGAUUAGUCAGUCUCUAGUCUUGCUAUGAGUGACUGGCUAAACCUGUACAGUAGUUAGAAAAUAUUGAGUUGAUAUCUAUUAUGUACAGUGAAAAUUCCUGUUCUCAACUAUACUUACAGCUUAGGUCAGAUUGAAAACUGUUACAGGAAUGGAGGAGAUAGUGUAAUGAAUAUUUUUUCCCAUCAUUAGUUAAACUAAGUGCAUAUUGACAGAAGUGUGUUUACUUUCUCAUCAACUUGAUUCAUCAUAUAUCUCAUUGUUAUAAUUUGUAUUACAUAUUGGAGUCACUCCUGUCUUUGAUGUCCAUUAGUAGUAUUUACUCCAGAUAUCAGAUAUAUUUUAAACUUUUUAUUCUUCACAUUCUGUAUGUCUCACUGAAAAAAAUCCUAGAAACAGCUUUUAUCAUAAAUGUAAUUGGCUAUGGGCUUUACAACAUAAGAAAAACACACACACAGCAUUGGGCUUAUGCUUGCGGGGCCCCUGAGCCUCACACUAUUUAAUUUUAAUAACACACCCACAAACAAAUUUUUAUUUUGGGGACUGAUACUACACUUACCAACCUAAAACAUAAGUAAAACACCCUAAAAAUCACAUAUUGAUUGCCCUAUAAUGUGGGAUUUUUAUUUUUUCCCUAAACUUCUUGAGUAAACAGAAGCAUGGCCAAGCUUUUAUACAUGACCCCCCCCCCCCUCUUUCUAAGGUUACUAGCUAGAUAGAAUGACAGAAAGAUUAAUUAGCCAGUGACAUAAUAAACUUUUUUUUUUUUUUUUUUUUAAUGGGUGCCCUGAAAACGUAGGGUCCAUCUUCUGCCGCACACACUAAACUUCAUUUGCAGAUGCAAAUUUUAUCAUAUACACUACAGUUUUCAUGUAAAGUACUGUUAAAUACUGUCAUAACCAUGUUUGCUGUAAAGCCCAUGAAAAUUGAAUUAAACUAUAUUUAAAAAUGUACAAAGUUUAUAUAUUACCAAAGUAAUACAGUUUUGUUCUACCCUUCUCAGAUAUUUAGAAACUGGUAUACCCUAUAAAUGGGUGGUUUGUUUGGAAGCCCACCUGGUUUUUUUAUUUUUUAUUAUGUAUGUAUGUUUUUCCUUGUGUAGUGCUGUAAUUUUUUUU